GUUUCCCAGUCACCGGUCGCGUUAUAUGGUGGAAAGCGCACCUAUCUUUCGUAUUCAGCAUCACGAGGCGUACUUUGUGAGGCAGAGCACUGCGACGCCUUGCAGUCAUGAUGGUUGCCGCAUCGUGGCCUCAGUUGAAUGGUAUGCCAGCAAAUAAACCUCUCCAUCUCCCGUCUUGCUUGCUGUAAUCGUUCAAAUCUGGAUUUAGCUACCCGAUCUAUAAACUCACGGGAAUGCCUCCUUUUUUCGCUAACGCUCCUCAUAAAAAGACAGGCUCCAGCAGCAUAGGAGGCAAUCCUAUUCCUGUUAGGCUCCGUCCUGUCGAUAAACGGAGACCAGAGCCGGUGGCAACGUCGAGAAGGCCAAGGGACGAGUGGGACGACGACUCAAUCACCUACUCUGAGGGAAGUGCGAUAGUGGAUCCAGUGCUCGUCUCACAAGCUAUGGGGAAAAGCCCCCAGGACGUCCAGAUGCCACGACGCCCGGAGAAAGAUUUCGUUGGAGUCAAUCGUCCUACGGAGAAACCAAAAAAACAUACCAAAGUUGGACGGCCCGUCGAAGAAUACGGGAAAGACGAAUACGACCACCAGACGCCAUAUGAGGAUCCGCCAUCAUAUAUACCAUUCCUGCCUGUCUAUGAGUAUUGCCGACUUUUGCAAAAACGUGGAGCGACCGUCAGAUUCUCUGCGGCCACUGUGAGAGACGCGCCACUGAGCUAUCUCGAUGGCCCACGGCCUUCUAUCUCCGAGCACCUCAACUCAGAGGAUCAUCGUCCCGGUGCACAAGAAGUCCAGGCCAUCAACGAUGCUUUGACAGUCGUGCUCAACUGCGGAGCGGACGUCGAGUUCCGUUCCUUGUUGCCAGAACAGCAACACCAACAGUUUCGAUGCCGCACCUGCCCAAAAACAUUCAACAGCCAAGGAGAGGAUCAGCAACAUCGGGAGACAGGACGCUGCGUGUGCGACCAUUGCGGACAGAAGAAUUUUGGGUGCCGAGGCCUCUAUGAGGCACACAUGAGAGAUCAUGAGCGGCUAGUCCAACAGCGAAUGAACAAUACCAACUACACUCAGCCUGAAAUGCGAAGGGCCCGUGGUGAAUAUUAGGUCUUCACCGUCAAGAGUCUGCUUUUCGAACGUCCUCAGACACCAUCGUUUCGUUUUAUACUCGAGACGUCAACACGGGUUGCUUUAACUAUUUCAUCACUUGUAUUACCGCGUUCAAAAUGUCGUCGAUCUCUUGAUAGCACUUGGGUUCUCACUUUGGGAAACUCCGUAAUGACUAGGGGGAAUCAGGUGUGAGGAGCUCUCCUUUACACACACCUACAGUACUUAGACAUGGGUUUGGCUAUACAAAG